ACCAGACGGCUGCUGCGAGGCGCGUGGUUUUUUGUUUUGGUUUUACCUUGGUGCUGGUGCUGCCUUGUUUACAUGGGAGUCACUGGUUUUAUUUAAUGAUACUUAGUAGAUUAGUUACUCUCCUGAGGCAAAUGCCGAAGAAGGGACAGUUUUAUUAUGCCGUAAGGAACGGCCGGACGAUUGGAGUUUUUGGAACUUGGCCUGAAUGUGAAGCCCAAGUGAAGGGAUAUCCUCGUCCGAUUUUUAAAAAGUUCAGCACAGAGCAAGAAGCCUGGUCUUUUGUACAUAGAGACGCCAAUAGUGAAGUGAGACUCUCCAACGGUACCAGUGGCACCAGCUGUCAUUCGGUGGGUACACUCGACGUGUCUCGGAAACGGAAGCUGGAUCUUGAAGUGGACAACACUCCAGAAAGUUCAGCAAAGGCUUUCCGAACAGACGAUGAUGAAGACAUGCUUCAUGUUUACACCGACGGAGCCUGCUCCAACAACGGCACCUCUGGCAUAGCCAGAGCCGGCAUCGGCGUCUAUUGGGGACCCAACAAUCCAAUGAACGUCAGCGAGCGGUUGCCCGGACGUCAGACAAACAACAGAGCAGAAAUUCACGCAGCGGUGAGGGCUUGUGAACAGGUACACAGUCUCGGUUGCAAGAACGUCACAAUCUAUACGGACAGCGCAUUCCUCAUUAAUAGCAUGACCAAGUGGAUGGACGGAUGGAUUAAACGAAACUGGAGACUAUCGGAUGGACAAGCCGUCAAGAACAAGGAAGAUUUCCAAGACCUUCUAAAGGCUGCAGAGGGUCUACGGAUUAAAUGGGUACACGUUCGAGGCCACUGCGGCAUCGACGGAAACGUGGAAGCAGACAGACUCGCUGUGGCGGCCUUGAACCAGCCGUUACCACCCGGAUGACUUUUCCACCCGACAUCCAAAACUGAGCCACAUAUUUUUCCUACUAAACAAUAAAUUAUCACAAAUCCCAAA